AGUCGAGAGGGCGGCCUCCCGCCGCCUAGAGGCGCCGGCCCGCUUGUCCGCUCUGCCUGUGCCCCGUCUCUAUGGCGGAGCCAACGGCCGUCCAGGACGUGGAGCGAGAUGAGCUUGGAUGCUGACGGCGGCAGUGGCGCUGAGGUGGCUGCGCUGUCGGACAAGGGCAGUCCCGGGGAGGACGGUUUCGUCCCGUCGGCCCUGGGGACCCGCGAGCAUUGGGAUGCUGUCUAUGAGAGAGAACUGCAAACUUUCCGAGAAUUUGGAGAUACAGGUGAAAUCUGGUUUGGAGAAGAGAGUAUGAAUCGACUAAUAAGGUGGAUGCAGAAACACAAGAUUCCAUUGGAUGCUUCAGUGCUUGAUAUUGGAACUGGAAAUGGUGUUUUCCUGGUUGAACUUGUUGGCAAAAUUUGGUUUCUCUGAUAUUACUGGAAUUGAUUACUCUCCUUCUGCAAUUCAGCUUUCUGGAAGUGUUAUAGAAAAAGAAGGUUUAUCUAACAUUAAGUUAAAGGUAGAAGACUUUUUGAAUCUCUCCACACAGCUGUCUGGAUUUCAUAUUUGUAUUGACAAAGGGACUUUUGAUGCCAUAAGCCUUAAUCCUGACAAUGCAAUUGAGAAGAGGAAGCAAUAUGUGAAAUCUCUCUCCAGGGUGUUGAAAGUAAAAGGCUUUUUUCUAAUAACAUCAUGUAAUUGGACCAAGGAAGAGUUGCUAACUGAAUUCAGUGAAGGAUUUGAACUUUUCGAAGAGCUGCCAACACCCAAGUUCAGCUUUGGAGGCAGAUCUGGAAACAGUGUAGCAGCAUUGGUUUUCCAAAAAAUGUGAGACUUUUUCUUGGACAAAUUCAGGUAGCUACACAGAAUCUACACAGCAAAGUCAGCCUGACACAGAAAAUCCUUGUGCAAAUAAAUGCUUAGUGAGUACACAGGAUGCACAUAUUGAAUAGAAUAUACUGGAUUGGUAAAAGAAAAUAAUAAUGAGCAUCUAAGUGGUUGGGUUUUAGAGAUCAGUCAAUAAUUUUUAAUUUUCUUUUGUAUUUGAAAUGUAAAUAGUUUUGGAUUAAAAAGAUUUCCUGUAACUGCUAAACAGUUAAAAACUUUAAAGUAGUAAAUGAGUUUAUAGAAAGCCUGUAUUCUUGAUUUUUGCGCCUUGGUAAAGUUGAAAACUAUUUAUGAAGAUUUGACCAAAUUAUUCCAGCAUCAGAAUAAUAAGCAAAACAACUUUGUUAGUGUUUUGUUAGACUAUUUAUAAAAUAUAACAAGAAAUACUA